AGAACUAUAUUUUUACGUCUUUUUGUUGAGUUUAACGUGUGAAAGACGACGUUCAAUCUGUGACUCAAAGACGCAGAAUUCAAAGUCAAAACAACGCAUGGUCGACAUGAAGUUUAACUCUCUAAGUUUCUUGAUCAUGCUAGUAGCUUUUGGACUAGCAGAGGCAGUUGGAAAGUCAGCUCAAAGUAAUUCCAGCUGCUGGGUAUCAACCUUCAAUCAACCAAAUACUUCGAUUCUAUUCACGUGGUCAUCAGCGAAUCACGGCGGACUUUACGCAGUCCGGUUCUGGCCACUGUACUCAAAUCACAGCGUCGCCAGUAAGACUGUCAAUCAAUCCAGUUUCUUAGCAACACGUCUUGAGCCUUUCACAGUUUACAGAUUCGAUAUUCGCGAAGAAAGCAGCAAUUCACGCAUUUGUACCAUUACCAUCAGAACUAAAACAGGAAAACAUAAAAAUGGCCUUAAUACCAAGCGAUUCAAUUUCACUACAGUAUAUGUGGAAUGGAUACAAAUUAAGAGACUUGGCUUUUACACCACCUAUCGGGCCUUUAUUGAAUGGGGCUCYGAUGACAGUCGAUAUGUAGGCCUUGUUUACGAUGGUCCAAACACCUAUACCUGGGUUGUUAAGGAUUACAUCCCCUUAAACUACAGUUUCCAUGUCAAYUUUGAGUUCAAGAGUUAUAAAGAAAACUGUAAAAGCGUUCACAGCAAAGGCAUUACCUGGCCUGGAACGAAGAUAGGAGAAGUGGCAAGCUCACGGUGUCCUCACGGUGCUUAUGGUAAUGCGACAAGAAAGUGCAAGAAGGGAGAGAAGUUCGCAGUGUGGGAAGAACCAAAUUACAGCGAUUGCGUCUCGAUGGACAUCGCUUCAAUCCAUGAUAGUAUUUCAAAAGGACAUUCAGAUCCAGUAAAGAAUGCAAGGAAACUCGUCCAAGCUACAAAAGCCAACCGUCAUCAUAGAUAUUCCGGAGAGGAUAUCAAACUCAUCGUAAGCUCCUUGGAUAUUCUUGCAACUGAGAAAACCAUUCAUCAAGUGAAGUCAGCAGGAAAUCACACGAACAAGGAUGCCAACGAUCUUGCAGUGAGCGUUUUAAACGUUUCAAAUGGAAUUCUUGAUGAAGAGGCUUUAGCGUCAUGGAAACAGAUGCCGAAGACCUCCGCUAUAUCUCUUGCAAACAAAGUUAUUCAAAGUCUUGAUAAAAUAGCGGUUUUCCUGGUAUCAAACAGCGACAAACAUGACGUCACUGUCAGCACUGAUAACGUCGCGAUAUCUGUUAGAGCAGUACCGAGGGAUGAGACUGACACUGGCCAGUGGAUAUUCUCUACUGAUGGCAUGCGCGAUGGACAUUCUUCGAGUGUGUACGUUCCAGGGCCGGUUAUUGGAAGACAACAAACGGCACACG